AUGGCGAAGGGCGUGGAGAAAGUCGCGAAAGAGGAAGAACUACAAGCUAACAUCUGGAAGCUGAUCUGGUACAAUGGCAUAUUUUCCGUGUUCUCCUCCAUUGCUCAACUCGGACUCUUCGACACCUACCUCUUCAUCCUGGCGGGAAACUCCAACACUGCUGUAGGCUGGGCAGAAUCAAUCUCUGGACUCAGCCAGAUUGCGUUAGCAUUUCCUGCCGGCAUUCUGAGCGACACUGUUUCGCGCAGCAAAAUCCUGACCUGGUGCGCCAUUCUUUCUGUCUUGGCCGUGGCCGUCUCCAUCGCAGGCAUUAGCCUUGAUAGCUUUCCCGUGAUUUACCUCUCUUUGCUCCUCUUCGGGACCUACACGGCGCUGCAGAACACGGCCAGCAACGCACUCUACACGGAUUCCAUCCCACCGGGUGAACGCGCCAAGUGGCUAUCGCGGGUGAGCAUCGUGAACCAGCUGGGCUACGGCGCCGGGCCCUUCUUCAGCUUGUUCCUCCUGGCUUACUUUGGCAACGAGUGGAAGCUCUCGAUCCUGCAUUUCGUGCUAAUCAUCGGUUUCUUGGGCAUGAUUCCUGCCAACUUCUUCCUCUUCAAUCUGAAGGACGCCCAGCACGAGGAGCAGGGGACGGAGGGCUCUGGUUACUACAGCAACCUGAAGUAUGCUCGCAUGGUGCCGUGGCUGAUCUGCAGCUUGGAUGUCAUCACUGCAGUUGGAGCGGGCAUGACCGUGAAAUUCUUUCCCCUCUUCUUCAAGGAGGAUUAUGGGCUGAGUCCUGGACAAAUCCAGUUACUCUUCGCUGUCUACGGCCUGUCUUUUGGCUUCUUCACCUGGCUUUGUGAAAAGGCAGCUGCGCAGAUGGGCCGAGUCAUGGCAGGUUUGCUCUUCAGCUCUGCAGGGGUAAUCUGCCUCUUUCUGCUGGCCUACCUCAGGUGGCUUCCAGCUGUCCUGUUUGUCUUUGUGAUCCGAGGGGCCCUGGCCAACUC